AUGUCAACCGCUCGUCGACCUCCCCCAGCCUAUGACUCCGCCCCAGAUUCCGGUAUCCACGCGACAUCUGCGCUCUACCAAAGAAUCUCCAAGACCGCAUCGGAUCCCGCCGCCCGAAUCCCCAAAGAGUCAUUCACGAUUCGGCCAUGCUCAGGCCAGGCAUGGAUUGUGCCUGCUGGUCAUGUCUGCCGUCUGACAACACCCAAGGGACCGCAAGUCGGUGACUUAAACAUUUGGAAUGCACACAAUCCCCGGGAACGGAUGUGGGCUGCACGUACCCGUCAAAUCCACGCCUCUCACGUCUCUGUCGGUGAUCGCCUAUGGUCCAACCUCCCGUAUCUGCGGCCCCUGGUGAGCAUCACCGGCGACUCGCUUAAUGGCGGGCAGUUGCAUGACGUGCUGGGCCCAGAUGGGAAGCGCAAGCCAGAGGUGGUCUUUGGCACAACGCAAUUUGGAGGCCGAGUGCAUGACUUGAUGGGUACUCGCUGCGAUCCCUACGUGAACCUCCUGAUGGGCGGCGAGACAUUCGACUUCCACUGCCACUCCAACCUGACCCGAUCAGUGGUCCCCUACGGAUUAACGGAGCUUGAUGUUCACGAUGUGUUGAACGUCUUCCAGGUGACCGGGCUGGAUGAAGAAGGUCGAUACUUCAUGGAGACCUCCCCCGCUAAGCCAGGGGAGUACUUCGAGUUCUUUGCCGAGGUGGAUGUUCUCUGCGCGCUGUCUGCAUGCCCUGGUGGCGACCUGUCCAACUGGGGAUGGGACGACAAGGAGGGAGGAAUGGGAGCCACUUGCCGCCCGCUGGGUGUUGAGGUGUAUCAGUUGGCGGAUGAGAAGACGAUUCUGGAUGGGUGGAAGGCACCCGAAUGUCCACCAUACAAGGGGAUGCACGGAUUGACCAUGCCUCCACGGUAUCAAGAUGGAUAUGUUGGACUAUAG